UCAGAAGGCUCAUUCUCCCUCUGAGGUGGUGGUGAAGACGUGAAGAGGGGAGGGAAGGAAAAGAAAGAGGACCAAGAGCAUCCAGGGCUCACCAUGGGCCCUGUGCAGCUCUUGCUACUCUUGCUGCUGCUCAGCAGUGGUGUUCUCACACAGGAAGAAACACCUGAAAAUGGAAACCCAGGAUGUUCAAAAGAUGCAGCCCGGUUUAAAAGCCUUAGAAAAUAUGUUUACUCAUAUGAAGCGGAAACAUCAAGUGGGAUCACGGGAACAACAGAUUCUCGGAGCGGUUCAAAGAUCACCUGUAAAGUUGAGCUGGAGGUACCACAGCUGUGCCAGUUCAUCCUGAGGACAAUGCAUUGCUCCCUAAGGGAGACGUCCGGUGUUGACAGUGAGAAAAAAGCCAUUCUGAAGAAGUCAAAGAACUCUGACGACUUUGCAAAUGCUAUGUCCAAACAUGAGCUAAAAUUCAGUACUCAGGAUGGAACAAAAGUCAAACUAUAUCCAGAGAAGGAUGAACCUCUGAAUAUUCUCAAUCUCAAGAGAGGAAUCAUCUCAGCUCUCCUUGCACCAACGGAAACAGAGGAAAGCUUACAAAAAAUUUCCAUGGAUACCGUAUAUGGAAAGUGUGACAGUCUGGUUGCGUUCAAAUCCAGAAGAGGAAGUGUUGCAGAAGAUAUUUCAGUUAACAGGAACCUGAAAGCCUGUGACAACUUCAGUCCAAUCAGAGAUUAUGUCAGCCCUGUUGCCAUUGUAAAAGGACUAAACAUCCCACUAUCUACCCUUCUGAGUAGCACUCAGUCCUGUCUCUACAAUAUUGAUCCAAAGAAAAAGCAUAUAAGAGAUGUUGUCUGCAGUGAGAAACACCUUUUUCUGCCUUCCUCAUACAAAAAUCAGUAUGGUAUGAUGACAGAAGUCAACCAGACACUGAAGCUUGAAGAUAAUCAGAGAAUGAACAGCAGAAAUUUUGAUGGAGAUGAACUGGAAGAGAAAGGACUUGCACUGGAAAGCACAGAUGCUAAAUUUUCCAAGCAGGGUGAUGGUGUUUUGAAGAUUCUUCAGGAACUGCAGAAACUUACUGCCUCCCAGCAGAACCAACAGAGAGCAAAACUCUUUUACAAAUUUGUUUCGGGACUUAGAAGUCUACACAACAGCACUCUUGGCUCUCUUGUACCAAAGAUGAUGGAAACUUCAAGUUCCAUCACAAUUCAGGCCCUGAUUCAGUGUGGAACUCCGGAGUGUUAUAGUGCAGUCCUUCAGAUACUGAGAACUGGAAACGUGAAUCCACUUGUGGUAGACCUGGUCACGUAUACCCUGGGACUGUUACCUUCUCCUACUCCGAAGAGAAUCCGGGAAAUUCUUAACAUGGCCCAGUAUCAGCCAAGCCGAGCUUCCUUUUAUGGCUUGAGUCAUGCUGUUACUAAGUUCUAUAAUGAGAAGAUGAUUGUGACAGAGGAAAUAACAGAUGUUGCUGACUUCAUGGUAUCACAGCUUGGCACUGACUGUUCUGGAGAUUCUGAACUCACAUAUCUCACACUUCGGGCUAUUGGAAACAUGGGUGCAGUAAUGGAGAAAGCUAAACCCAGCCUAAAAGCUUCUCUUAAAACAUGUAUCAGAAGUCAAGCUGCAUCUCUUUCAGUUCAAAAAGCAGCCAUACAGGCAUUCCGGAAAAUGACCAUUACAGACGAGGAUCGUUCAGCACUUCUGAAAGAAUUCCAGGAAGGGGAUGCACCUACAGAUAAACGUCUAGCAACCUAUCUCCUACUGAUGAAGAAUCCUUCCCCAGCUGAUCUCACAAAGAUUAUAAGAAUCCUCACAAGGGAGAAGAAUGAGCAAGUGAAAAGCUUUGUCGCUUCACACAUUGCCAACAUCCUAGACUCUGAUGAAACAGGCAUUGAAGAUCUGAAAAGCCAACUUGAAGAAGCACUGAAAGGAAACGACAUUCCAACAGCGAAAGAUUUCAGAAAAUUCUCACAAAAUUAUCAAGUUUCCAAAAGUGUUUCUAUACCUGGCCUCAGUCCCGUCUCUGCCAAAGCAGAAGGAAAUGUGAUAUUUGAUCCAAGCAGCUAUGUUCCUAAAGAAACUAUGCUGAAAACCACCCUGAAUGUGUAUGAUUUUGGCCCAAGUGAUAUCUUUGAGCUUGGCUUGGAUGGAAAGGGAUUUGAACCAACACUGGAAGCUUUGUUUGGAGAGAAGGGAUUUUUCCCAGAUACUGCAAGCAAGACCCUGUACUGGGUUGAUGGCAAGGUGCCAGAGCAGGUUUCCAAGGCUCUCUUUGACUACUUUGGUUACUCCCACGAUGGCAAGCAGGAUCAGGAGAUCACUAAAGCAAUAAUUCUUAACCUUGAAAAACUGAUAAAAGAAUUGAGCAAGAAGGAAGCUCCUGAAGGAAGAGCAUUUCUGCGAAUCCUGGGAGAAGAGCUUGGGUACAUGAAACUCAAUGAUUUCAAGUUGCUGGGAAGCAUGGUUCUCGAGAGCAUUAAAACUCUUCAGAGAAUUCCUGAAAUGGUUGCACAAGCCAUCUCAAAAGGUGUUGACAAGGACUUAUUCGUCCACUAUAUGUUUAUGGACAAUGAGUUUGAACUUCCAACUGGAGCAGGUUUGCAACUGAAGUUUGCCUUUUCUGGAAUAGCAACACCUGGGGCAAAAGUAGCUGUGAAACUUCAUCAAAAAAGUAUGCAUGCAGAAUUCAUUGCUAAACCUUCAGUAGCGGUUGAGUUUGUAACACAUCUAGGAAUAAACAUGCCUGAAUUUGCUAGAAGUGGUGUGGAGAUGAAUUCCAAUAUAUUCCACGAGUCUGGAAUUGAAGCACAUGUUAGUGUGAAAGCUGGACAGCUGAAAUUCAGCAUUCCUGCCCCGAAGACCCCAACAAAGCUCCUCAGUAUCAGCAACACACUACAUUUGGUGUCUCCAGCCAAAACUGAAGAAAUUCCACCUCUGAUUGAGAACAGAGAAUUUUCAACUUCGUGCAAGCCUUUCAUUUCUGGUCUAAACUUCUGCACCAAAUUAUUGUACUCUAAUGCCAGUUCCAUGGAGGAAGCUCCAUAUUAUCCCUUGACUGGAGAAACCAGAUUUGAAGUUGAAAUAGUGUCCACAGGGGAAGUUAAAGAAUACUCUGCAAGUGCAAACUAUGACCUACAGAGAGAGGGAAAUGACCUGGUAGACACAUUAAAGUUUGCAGUACAAGCAGAAGGUGUAAAGCAGCAUGAAGCCACACUGACCUUUAAGUACAACAGAGACAGGAAGAUUCUGACGAGCGAUGUCUCCAUUCCAGAUGUUGAUGUUGACUUUGGUACUAACUUCAGAAUCACUGAUGAAUCUGUUUCAGGGAAGAAAGCAUAUACCUUUGUUUUAGACUUUAAUAACAAGAAGAUUUCUGAAGUUACUGUUACUGGACAAAUAAGAUAUGCUGGAAUGGAAGAAGCAAUGGUAAGAGGCACCGUUUCUAUUCCUCGUCUGCAAACUGAACUUAGAACUGAAGCACUGGUUAAUUAUUCACCCACCAAAGGACACCUUCAGAUAAGCUCAGCUGUAGAAACUCAUGGGAACACUAUUUCAAAAAGAGUUCUUCUGAGAUAUGAUUCUGAAAAAGCUGAGCUAGAGUGGAAUUCAGGUGCCAGUGCUGCUGUGGGAAGAAUGUCUUCUGGCUUCCAAGUUGACUUUUCAGACUACUCAAAGACUGUAGAGAAGUAUACCAACGAACUAUUGGAUCGGAAAGUUGCUCUUACAGAUAUGACAAUGCGGCAUAUUGUUUCACAAUUCAUUGUGGCAACCAACACCUGGCUGCAAAAGGCAUCAAAAGAUAUCCCCUAUGCCCAGACGCUACAAGCCAAACUAAGUGGACUGCAGGAACUGAACAUUCAGAAGAUUAAACUGCCUGUUAUCACCAUUCCCGAAGAACUUUUCCUGAAAAGUGAAGGCCGGAUCAAAUACAGCUUCAAUAAGAACAGUUUUCUAAUUGAUAUUCCAUUACCGUUUGGUGGAAGAUCGUCCCAUGACAUAAGAGUGCCACAGACUGUUAGAACACCUCGUCUGGUAAUAGACUCUAUGGGAAUAAACAUACCAUCACAGGAAUACAGAAUGCCAACAUUUACUGUUCCAGAAUCCUAUCCUCUUCUUGUGCCUUUAUUUGGUGCUUUAGAGGUCUCCGCUAGUGUGCACAGCAACUAUUACAACUGGACAGCAGCAUACACUUUGGCAAAUAGCAGCACAGAGAAAACAUCCAGAAUAGGAACUACUUACAGUGUGAAUGCUGAUUCUGUUUUUGAGCUACUAUCCUACAACAUGAAAGGUUCUGGAGAAGCAUCUUAUAGUAGAAAUGGAUUCACUUGUGCAUAUGAAAAUCAUCUGAAGCACAGACUCUUAACUUCAGAUUUUAAAAUGUCUAGGACAAAGAGUUAUGAACCUACAUCAGUUUCGAACUGUUCCGUAUUCCUAAUGGCAUCCAGUGCUCUGGGUCCUCAGCUUUCAUUUUCCAGUGAUCUUGUAUCUGAAAAGACAAAUAGCAUGAAUAUUAAUAAUGUCAAGAUAGAAGGGCAACUGGAAGUAGCUUCUAUGUUUGCAAGAAGCACUUACACUAUGUCAAGCUCAUACAAUGAAAAGAGACGAGUUUUAGAAGGGAAGUCAAAUCUGAGGUUGGAUUCUUCUUACCUUCAAGCUACCAAUCAUCUAUCCGGUAGAUACAGUGAUGAUGUAUUUUCCAUUACUUCAGCUUCUGAUGUACAAAAUGGACUAUUAAAGAACACAGCUUCACUGAAGUAUGAAAAUAGCCAAAUGAAAAUAACAUCUGAAACAAAUGGAAGGUAUCUUCAGCUCGCAGCUGUCAAUAAACUCGAACUCCUUUUGUCAAGGAAGAUGGCAGCACUUCGCUCUGAGUACCAAGCCACUUACAAGCAAACCCAGUGUUAUGCCUUAUUCACAGGUUCUCUCAAUUCCCAGGAUCUUGUUUUCAACACUGAUUUCUCUCUGACUGAUCAAAGGAAUCGAGCUGCACAUAAGUCAUCACUCAACAUUAAUCAGUAUGGUCUAGCCAGCAGUGCAACUACAAAUGUUCAGUUUAGUCCAUUGACAAUGCAAAGUGAAGUGAAUGCCAAACUUGAUACUUCUGGAGGCUCUAUGUCACUGUCAUCAUCUGGGCGCUAUGGAAAAAACAAUGCAAAAUUCAACGUAGGUGGAAGAGCAAGCUUAACAGAAAUAACGCUGGGAAGUGAAUAUCAGAGUACAGUUCUGGGUAUGGACAAUAAACAUGUCUUAAAUUUCAGAAUAAAUAGAGAAGGACUCAAGUUUUCAAAUAAUUUGCAAGGAUCAUUCAAAGAGAUUAAGCUGGAGUACACUAAUGACUUGAAUAUUCCUGGCUUAUCCCUAACGUUUGUUUCAAAGUUAGACAACAGCUUCAGCUUUGACAAGUUCCACAAGCAUGUUUUUGACCUUCAGCUGCAGCCAAGAUCACUUACAGCUAAGCUGAACAAUAAUAUUAAAUACACCAGAACUGAAGUUUCCAACAAAGCAGAACUGCUCCUUGAGCCUCUGAAGCUGAACUUGGGUGGCAAUGUGAGAGCGGCCUAUGGAACAGAUGAAGUAAGACAUACCUACACCAUUACGUAUGCUGAUCUAACUGCAAACUUUAAGACAGACACAGUUGCAAAUGUCCAAGGGGCAGCAGUGAGUCACAGAGUUAAUCUGAAUGUGGCAGGACUGGCUUCCUCCAUUACUAUGAACACAAACUGUGAUUCCAAAUCUCUCCGUUUCAGCAAUGCUCUGCGUUCCACUAUGGCCCCAUUCACUAUCACUGCUGAUGUCCACACCAACGGUAAUGGAAAGCUGAUUGCUCUGGGUGAACACACAGGAGACCUUUACAGCAAAAUCCUGUUCAAAGCAGAGCCUCUUGCUUUCACCAUCUCUCAUGAUUACAGAGGAUCUACCAGCCAUAGCAUCAAGUCUAUGAGAAAAUACACUACUCAGCUUGAUAACAAAUUUCAUAUACUUUUUACUCCAUCAGAGCAGUCGAGUGCUUGGAAACUGAAAAGUCAACUAAACAGUAACAUAUAUUCACAAGAUAUCAAUGCUUACAAUGAUGCUGAAAAGAUUGGCGUGGAACUUAGUGGAAAAGCUUUAGCAGAUCUCUCUAUGAUGGAUACAGCAAUCAGACUACCAUUCACAUCUGAAGAAGUUAAUGUAAUUGAUGUGUUGGGCCUCAGAGACAGCAUCUCAGAGCCUCAAGAAUUCAGCAUCUCUGGCUCUGUGAAGUAUGACAAAAAUAAAGAUGUGCAUGUUAUUAACUUACCAUUCUUGGAACACUUGCCACUCUACUUUGAACAAAUCAGAGGUGUCAUUUUAUCCACGCUGCAAGCUGUACAGAAUUACCUGAAAAACAUUGACGUGGAUGAAUAUAUGAAAAAAUACAAGGCAACUUUAGAUGAAUUCCCACAGCAACUUAAUGAUUACAUGGACAAACUGGAUCUGAAUGGCAGAGUUAGCACCAUAAAAACUAAUUUGAUUGCUUUCACAAAGGACUAUAGAGUAACAUCUGAUGAUCUUGAAAUCAUUCUGGAAAAAGCCCUGGACAAUCUUCAAGAAAUACUGCUCCAGCUUCAGGCCUAUAUGGUACAAAUAGAACAGUACAUAAAAGAGAAUUACGAUCAGUUUGACAUUAAUGCACUUAUUGCACAGCUUCUUGACAAAAUAGUUGAAAAAAUGACAGCUCUAGAUGAAAAAUACAAGAUAAGAAUGACUGUAGUUGACACUAUUCAGAAGUUACAAUUUUUUUUUCAUCAAUAUUACCCCAGCAACAUUGGAAGCAGCACUAUGACUUGGAUUAAAAAUGUAGAUGAUGAGUACAGGAUCACAGGUAGGAUACAGGAGAACCUAGAACAGCUCAAGGUUCAGAUUCAGAACAUUGAUAUCCAAAGCUUUGCUGAAAAUUUGAAACGGAAGAUUAAAAUGAUUGAUGUUAAACAAAUAUUAGAAAAAAUAAGGCGUUCGUUACCAGUUAAAAAAAUGAAAGAAGUUCUUGAACAAAUCAAGGACUUUAUUCUGAAUUGGAUGGAGGAGUACGAAGUGUCUGAGAAGAUCAGUGCUUUCCGAGGUCAUGUGCAUAAACUGAUUGUAAAAUAUGAAAUUGAUAAGCAUGUGUAUUUUUUAUUGGACAGAAUGGUAGAACUGCUUAACCAGUACAGAAUAAAAGAAACGGUCCGGAAAAUGAUCACCUAUGUAAGAAAAAUUGAUGUGAAGACAUGCCUUGAUAAAAUUAUGGCUUUUAUUGACGACGCUGUCAAGAAAGUGCAAACCUUUGAUUAUGAAAUGAUGAUAAAGAAACUCAACAAAUUCCUUGACAUGAUUAUAAGGAAACUGAAGUCUUUUGACUAUAACCAGUUUGUUGAUGACGCAAAUAACAAAAUCCAAGAAAUGACACAGAAAAUAAAUGAAGAACUCAGAAAUCUAGAACUUCCACAGAAAGCAGAGGCAUUGAAACAAUAUAUGAGAGAUUUUAGUGCUGUAGUUUCAAAAUACAUAGAACAAUUAAGGGAUACCAAGCUUGCUGCUAUAAUGAACUGGCUCAAGGAGCUCAUCGAUUCAACAACAUUUACUAAUUUGAAAGCCAAAGUAAAUGAACAUCUGGAAGAUCUGCGAGAGAGGAUUUCUGACAUGGAUAUCUCCAAGGAAUUUGAAAGGUAUCUUCAAAAGAUAAGCCAGUUCUACAAUUCUGUUGUCAUAUACGUUUCUGAACAAUGGAACCUAGCUUUUAAAAAAAUUGUUACUUUGGCUGAAAAGUAUGAUCUAAAAAAUUGGGCUGAAAAUUUAAACCAGUUUAUUGAAACAGGAUUUAAAGUCCCUGAAAUAAGAACAAUUAUAGUCACUAUACCUGCCUUUGAAUUCAGUCUUCGAAGUCUUCGGGAAGCAACUUUCCGAACACCGGAGUUCAUUGUUCCACUGACUGAUCUGCAAAUCCCCUCCUAUGAGAUAAAUAUUAAGAAACUAAAGGACAUUAAAAUCCCAGCAAAAUUUACUACCCCAGAAUUUACUGUUCUGAAUAGCUUUAAAGUUCCUUCUUAUACAAUUGACCUAAAUGAGAUUAAGAUUCAGAUUGUGAGAAUGAUAGACCAACUCAUGUCUGGUCAAUUUCAGCUACCAGCAAUUGAUUUAUAUUUUAAAGAUCUGAAGAUGAGAGAUAUGCCUUUUUCUGAGAUUUCUUUUCCAGAAUUACAAAUGCCUCAGUUGGAAAUCCCAGCAGUACUGAUUCCAAAACUAAAUCUAAAUGAGUUCCAGAUUCCUGACUUGAAGAUACCAGAGUUCCAACUUCCACGUAUUCCACAUACAGUGACUGCUCCUACAUUCGGCAAAUUAUCUGGUGCUUUUAGAGUUGCCUCCCCAUUCUUUACACUGUCUACUCAAGCUGAAGUUCAUAAUACUACAACAUCUGCGAACAGUCCAGAGUUUGUGACCUCCCUUUCAGCUCAAGCAACAUCCAAAUUAGAUUUCCUAGUUUUCAGUGUUAUUGCAGAUUCACAUGUUUUGGCUCCUGAAAUGAAACAGCUAAAGCUUAAAAAUUCCAUGAAGGUCAGCCACAAGUUCCUGAAAGUUGACCAUACCAAUGAAGUGGUAUUUUUAGGGACUUCUGUGUCAGGUGAAGCUGAAACUAGAGCAAAAUUCUCUGCAAUAAAAAAUUCAGUAGAACUUCAGAAUAAUUUAAUGGUCAACCUGCAAAGAAAAAUUCAGGUGCAGAGCGGAACAACAUAUUCGCACAGGCUGAAUAUUCCACAAGCUGACUUUUCCAGCCAGGCUGAUCUGGUCAACAAUAUGACAACAGAGUUAGAGGCAGGACACAUAUCAUUUACAUCCAAUGGCAAAGGAAACUGGAAGUGGACUUCUCCUAACUUCUCAGAUGAAGGCACUCACAAUUCACAUGCUACCUUCAGGAUUGACGGCCCUAUUCUUAUAUUUUUUGCUGAUUACAAAAUCAAUGAUAGGUAUCUGAAAGUCAGCCAAUCUAUGAGAUAUGAAUGUGGUUUCCUAAGUUAUGCAACGCUUCAGGUUCAGUCUGAAAUUGAGUCACAACGUGUGGGACGUAGCAUUCUUAAUGUAAAAGGCACAGGACAGCUUGGAGGAAUGAAAGUAGAAUUAACGGGCUCUCACAAUGCUCGUCUCAAUGGACGAAUUACUGGAACUGUAAAUAAUGAGCUUUUCUUCUUGGCACAGCCUUUUGAAAUUCGCCUAUUAACCAACAACGAAGGAAAUGUGAAAAUCAGCUUCCCAAUGAAACUGACUGGCAAGAUUGACUUCCUGAAUAAUUAUGGUCUUUCACUCAGUUCUUCUGUUCAGCAGGUCAGCUGGCAAGCUACUGGCAGGUUUAAUCAGUACAGGUAUUCCCAUAACAUGUCUGCUGGCAAUAAUGAUGACAGAAUUGAAGCUCAUGUUGAAAUGGGUGGAGAUGCUAAUUUGGACUUCCUGAAUAUUCCUCUAACGAUUCCUCAGCUUCAGAUUCCCUAUACUGGAAUCCAGACACCUCAACUAAAAGAUUAUUCACUGUGGGAACAGGCAGGCCUGAAGGAUUUAUUGAAGACUACAAGGCAGUCUUUUGAUUUAAAUUUGAAUGCUCAGUAUGAGAAAAACAAAGAUAUGCAUGUAAUCCCACUUCCUUUAGCCACAGUGCAUGAAGCACUUAACAAAUAUAUAAUUUUCUUCAACAAAUAUUUUGAGAGUGGAAGAAACACAGCUUUAGAUUUUCUCACAAAGUCAUAUAAUGAAGCCAAAACAAAAUUUGACAAAUACAAAAUACAGACAUCACUGAACAAACUGCCACGGACCUUCAGGAUUCCUGGAUACACUAUUCCAAUUGUGAAUAUUGAGGUUUCUCCUUUUACUGCUGAGAUGCCAGCCUUUGGUUACAUGCUUCCAAAAGAAAUAAGCACAACAGGAUUCACAGUUCCAUUUAUUGGCUUUUCAGUACCAUCUUACACACUAGUAUUACCUUCUCUGGAACUUCCAGUUCUUCAUGUUCCACAGGACCUACGCACUCUAAAGCUUCCUAGAUUUAGAAUCAACAGCCCAUCAAACCAGAUCUUAAUUCCUGCCAUGGGAAACAUUACCUAUGACUUCUCAUUUAAAUCCAGCGUGAUCACUUUGACUGCAAAUGCUGGGCUGUUUAAUCAGUCAGAUAUUGCUGGGCACCUUAGUGUUUCAUCUUCAUCUGUCAUUGAUGCACUACAAUUUAAGCUGGAUGGCUCAACCAGUUUGACAAGAAAAAGAGGACUGAAGCUCGCCACAGCACUGAACCUGAAUAAUAACAAAUUUCUAGGAGGAAGUCAUGACAACACUAUUAGUCUCACAAAAAGGAACCUGGAAGCUUCAAUGGUGACAAAUGCAAAAAUCAGCACACCAGUUUUUAAAAUGAAUUUCAGCCAAGAGCUUUCUGGAAAUACUAAAUCUAAACCCACUGUUUCUUCAGAGCUAAAAGUAACAUAUGACUUUACCACACCUAAGCAUGGUAUCAGUGCUAAGGGAGGAGUUGCUAACAAAUUUGCUUUAGAGACUCUUACAUCUUACCUGUCAGUAGAAACAUCAACAAAGGGGAAUAUCGAUGGAGCAAUUUACACUGGAAAUACAUUUUCUGGAGCUCUAGACCAUGAAGCAAACACCUAUCUGCAUGCUAAUGGAGUUCGAUCAUCUCUCAAGCUUGAGACCAACUCCAAAGUAGAUGGACUCUGGAACAGUGAAAUGAAAGAAAUACUUGCAGUUGAAGCAUCUAUCAAUCGUGUUUAUGCAGUCUGGGAGCACAAUGGGAAAAACUAUGCACGAUACACACCUCUCUUCACAACUACAGGAUCUCAGAAAUGCAAAGCAACCUUUGAGCUGGCUUCUUGGAGAAUGUCAACAGAUCUCCAGAUUCAAGCCACUCAGCCAAAUUCCUUCUUGGACACAGCCUCAGUUAAUCAAGUUAUCUUAAUGAAAAUCAGCCCUACAGACCAGAAAGUUGGUUGGAAGGGUGAAGGCCAAAUUCAGUCAUUAUCUCUGAGACAUGAUAUGCAAUUAUCAAAUGAAAAAUCAAAUGCAAAGUUUGAUAUUUCUGGAUCUGUGGGAGGAUACAUGGACUUCCUGAAAAGAAUUAAUUGUCCUAUUUCUAAGAAGAGCUUGUGGGAUAUCUUGAAGUUGGAUGUCACUACUGUUGCUGACAGAAAACACUACUUAAAUGCUUCAGCAUCCUUCAUGUACACAAAGAGUGACGAUGGUUACUUUUUCCCUAUGCCUGUGAUUAGGUUGAGUGAUGGCUUCACAUUCAGCAUUCCAGAGUUACACCUGAAGGCUCCAAGUCCUGUUUUCAGCACUCCAGAGUUCAGAGUUCCAUUCUCUACCCUCCAGGUCCCAGCGUACACCAUUGACUUGCGCAACAUAAAAAUUCCAAAGACACUAAACAUAAUGCCAUUUGAUGUAAAUUUACCCACACUGCCAAAACUGAGAUUCCCCAGAGUGGAUGUAGGAGCCAAUUAUAUUACAUUAGAAGAAUAUAAAAUACCGUAUUUUGAGAUGACAGUACCGGAAUACCAAAUAACUGUGUCUCAAUUCACUCUUCCAAAGAGUAUUUCUCUUGGCAGCUUCCAUGUGGAUCUGGAUGAAGUAGCAAAUAAGAUUGCAGAUUUUGAUCUGCCUACCAUUACUAUUCCUGAACAGAAAAUUGAGAUCCCCCCUCUCAAAUUGUCCUUGCCUGCUGGAAUUUACAUUCCAUCAUUUGGUGCCUUGAGUGGAUCUUUGAAAGUUGCCUCCCCUCUGUAUAAUGUUACCUGGAGAACAGAUUUAACAAAUAAAAAGGAAUCCUUUGAAGUGUCCAUUGACUCUACCUGCAGCUCAACAUUGCAAUUCCUGGAAUAUGACUUGAACGUUGUUUCAAACUACAAAUCUGAAGAAGACAAGUUUGUAAUGAAGACCACAGGCAACUUUGCUCAUCGUGACUUCAGUGCGAACUACAUGGAAGAUCUCUCUGUUCAGGGAUUUGGAGCUGUGGAGAACACUGCAUCACUAGACGUCAUCAGCCCAACAUUUGCUGACCUGCAUGUGCGUUAUCAAAUGACUGACAGCAUGAUAUCCUCCUCAAUAUCCUCUCCUUCUGCUGGGAUCUUGGGCUAUCUUGUUCAAAUAGAAACUGACACUCUCAAGGAGAAAUUCUACUACAGAACUCUGUCUGCUCCUCAGAAGGACAUUGACAUACUAAAAAGUGAGAUAUCCUUCAGGAAUCCUGACAUGAUUCAAAUAAAAUUCAACUGGAAAGAGGAUGCUGCCAAAGACUUGCUGUCAGGUUUGAAAGAAAAAGUACCUAAAAUGACAAAUGCAGUCUAUAAGUGUGUUAAUCGGUACUAUAAGGAGCAUAUGGGACUGGAUAUAAGUGAUGCCACUGUCAUAAUGAAGAAUAUGAUGCAGAAUAAUGCUGACAAAGCUUACACGUUUGCUGUAAGACAAAUAGAUCAAAUGGAUGUUCAGCUUCGCACAGCUGCCAAUGAAGCCUCUGACAAAUAUCAGGAGAUGAAGCUGAAAGCUAGACAGCUAUAUAAAAGAGCAGCAGAUAAAGCCUCACAGAUUGACUAUCAAGGAAUAAAAGCAAGGCUUUUGGAUGCUACAGUUGACCUAAUGGAAGAGUAUCACAAGAAAAUAAAACACCUGAUUGACUCCGUCAUUGAAUUCCUGAAGACCACAAAAUUCCAGGUUCCUGGAGUGUCUGAAAAGUAUACAGGUGAAGAAUUAUACCUUAUGACUACAGAGAAGGCUGCAAAAGCUGCUGAUAUAUGCCUUUCAAAACUUCAGGAGUACUUUGAUGCCUUGAUUGCAGCUGUCAAUGAACUGGAAGUCAGAGUUCCUGCUUCUGAAACCAUCCUCAGAGGUCGUAAUGUACUUGAUCAAAUUAAAGAAAUGCUGAAACAUUUGCAGGAGAAAAUCAGGCAGACCUUUGUUACUCUCCGAGAAGCUGACUUUGCAGGAAAGCUUAACCUACUGAAGCAGGUGGUGCAAAAAACUUUUCAGAAAGCAGGAAAUAUGGUUAGAAGCUUGCAGUCCAAAAAUUUUGAGGACAUCAAAGUUCAAAUGCAACAGCUGUACAAAGAUGCAAUGGCUUCAGACUAUGCACAGAAACUUAGAUCCUUGGCAGAAAGUGUUAAAAAGUACAUUUCUCAGAUGAAAAAUUUUAGCCAGAAGAUGUUACAGAAGCUUUCAGAAAAUCUGCGCCAGCUGCUCCUCUAUGUAAAGUCAUUGCGUGAGGAAUACUUCGAUCCUACUACACUUGGACAGUCAGUGAAAUACUAUGAAGUAGAAGUCAAGGUACAAGGAUUGCUGAAGAAUGUUAUAGAUACACUAGUCGUUUGGUACAACGAAUAUGUUAAAGAUCUUUCUGAUUUGGUUACACGCCUCACAGACCAAGUAAGAGAACUGGUGGAAAACUACAGCCAGGAGUACUAUGACCUUAUAACUGAUCUUGAAGGAAAAGGAAGACAGAAGGUUAUGGAGCUCUCAUCUGCUGCUCAAGAAAAAAUCCGAUAUUGGUCAGCAGUUGCUAAAAGGAAAAUCAAUGAGCUUAACAGGCAAGUUAAAGCAAAACUCCAGGAGAUCUAUGGGCAGCUUAGUGACUUUCAAGAAAAGCUAAUCAAUGUCGCCAAAAUGUUAAUUGAUGUAACUGUGGAGAAGUAUUCUACAUUCAUGAAGUACAUCCUUGAUCUUCUUCGUUGGUUUGAGCAAGCAACAGCUGACAGCAUAAAACCAUAUAUAGCUGUUGGUGAAGGAGAGCUGAGAAUAGAUGUGCCAUUUGAUUGGGAGUACAUUAACCAAAUGCCCCAGAAAAGCAGAGAGGCGCUCAGAAAUAAAAUGGAACUAACACGCACACUAAUUCAGCAAGGCGUUGAACAAGGCACCAGGAAAUGGGAAGAAAUGCAAGCAUUCAUUGAUGAACAACUUGCCAGUGAGCAGAUGAGUCUUCAGCAGAUUGUGGAAAACAUACAGAGGCGCAUGAAAACCUGAAUGAACACACAGAAGAGGAGAAAUAAUAAGUUUGUACCACAGUGUAUUUAAAAGUAACAGCGAUUAACAUACUGGAACUUCAGGUAGAUACUGUUUGAAUCUGAAUUUAUAACUGAAAACUAAAUAAUCUACAGUAGGUUAUUUUAAUAAGCUUAAUAACCCAAUAAAUGAGUUCUUUAUUACAUUUUUGUGUCAUUCAUUGAAGCUAGUUUUACUUGGGCCAUAGGGCUUAAUCCAACAAUUGUCAAGGUCAAUGGAAUUCUUUGUAUUGUUUUCUGUGUAUGUUGGAUCAAGCAAGUAAUGUGCAAUACAUAUUGUAAAUAUUCACAAAAGCUAUGAAAUACAUAACAAAAGGUGGAUUUUAAAAUAAAGGUCACAUUUGUAAGAUGAAAAAUAA